UUUUUAUGCAUAUUAUCUGUGACCUAAGAAAAAGUUUAAACCCUGCAGUCAGGGUGCAGAUGAGCAGUCCACCCUAGAGAGACAGAGAGGCAAGUGUACAUCCUACAAGGCAUCUGGUUGAUUCCUUUCAAUGAUCUGGAGACGUAUGAUAUCAUUACUCCUUUAACUCUGAUCAUGGGGGCUUCACAGGAUAAGAUGCACUGCACCAGGUACCUGAAUGGAAAAGGCCCUCCACCACUGGCCGAGACGUCUGAAGCAGAAGCUAAUGGAACAAACAACCACAAAAACGAUGCUCUGAUAAAACAGGGAAAUCAGCCAGAAGGAGGGCAAAUGAUUUUGAAUAUUGAAAGAUGGAGCUUGGAAGGAUACCCUGACUGUGACACCAUUCAAAUCAUCUUUCAUUUUGAUGACGGCAUCCAGUCGGAUAUGCAUCCACACCCAGGGCACAGCUACAAGGGAAUGGAGACUAUGGCAUACCUGCCUCAGAACAGUAUGGGGACGAAGAUUCUCCGGCAACUGGAGGUGGCCUUCCAAUACAAGCUGCUAUUCACUGUGGUAGCCAGUAGCAGCGGAGAAUACUGUGUGACACCUGCAGACAUUCCCCUCAAGCCACUGGACGGUGAGGGAUCUGGGAGCUUUGGUUAUCCGGAUCCAAACUACCUGAAAACAGUGAGGAAGAGUCUUAAGGUAAAGGGGAUCAAAUGAGAGACUACUAUGACUACUACUGUGGAUUACUAACUUCAUCAUGACCCUGUGAGACCAGGAUAAGGAGGUCCAUGGCACAGUCAAAUGGAGUUUGACAUUUACACCCAAAUCUACAUGAUCAAGAUUGAUCAAUUAACAGGAUGUAACUGGACAAAUAAAGUCCACUGUCUAUAAUGUCAGAAACUGUGGAGUUGCAACUAAGGUGCACCCUGUAUCCUGAAUCCUAACACUCAUUUGUUAGAUAAUGUGUAUUUUCUAUUAAACAGACCAUAGUCUACUCACAGGAAGUAAGACAGUAUUACAUACAUUGUGAGCCAUUGUAUAUAUGUUAGUGUGUGUGUGUGUGUGUGUUUCUAAUGUGUUUUAAAAUAAAUGUAAAAACUUUUUUUUUUCCUCUUUGUGGAGGUUUAUGAAUUUACAUACAUUGACAUACACAAUCUAACAUACACAAUUGUGCUUAAUAAUCUGACAACAUGUAAGGUCAUGCAAAUGCCUUAAAUUGGUUUUCUUUUUCUGGGAAAGGUCAUUAACGUUGUGAGCAAAAAACGAUCGACACUAAUGGACUUUUGCCCAUUAUCACGAUUUCACAUUGCAUGUAAACACCUUUAUCGACAUUCUUAACGGUUUAUCCAGUGUUGAGCAUGCAAUGUGGUAUGCAUGACUGUUUACGAUUUGAUGUCAAAAGCAGAGAAUAACUCGAUUUCAAAUCUCAUGUAAACACGGUUUCCUUGA